AUGUUGAGUUCUACGACUAUACUUUGUGCACUCUUUUUCUUCCUAUUCGUCAUCUUAAAAAUCCACCACCAUAGACAAAAAUGUCACGAGUUUCGUGAUAUUUUUGAAGCUUUUGAAAAUGGGAUCUUUAUCGCAGAUUCAGAGACAUGGAAAUACAAUAGAUCUCUUUUUCACUCUCUUUUCAAACAAAGAGGCUUUGAAUUUUUCCAAGAGAAAAUCAUACAAAACAAGUUCGAAAGAAGUUUGAUUCCUUUGUUGGACCAUUUUCAACAACAAGGGUCGGUGGUGGAUUUGCAAGAUGUGUUCAAUCGUUUCACAUUUGACAACAUUUGUUCAAUAGUUCUCGGAUGUGAUCCCAAUUGUCUUUCUAUUGAACUUCCUAACGUUGCUUGUGAGAAGGCUUUUGAUCAAAUUGAAGAAUGCAUAUUUUAUAGGCAUGUUAGGACGAAAUGUUUUUGGAUGUUUCAAAAACUACUUCAAGUUGGUCAAGAGAAAAAAAUGACAAAAGCAUACAAAGAAUUCGAUCAAUUUAUAUAUUAG